CUUCUCCGUUUUCUCCCCAAGAAAAAAAUGGUGAGAGAAGAACCAAAAAGAAGCCCAGAAGUUUAUCGGCAGCCAAACAGUGCCGAGAAUAGUGAAAAUGUCGAUGACUUGUUUAGUCCCAGAUUCAAAUCCGUGGCAGCCAUGGCUGGAUGGGACGAGGAAGCUCUCAUCAUCGCUAGUCUCGUCGUCGAAGACACUCCAGAUCGGCAGCAAUCAAAACGCAAGAAACGCUCAGUUUUGAUAUCCAGCACUCCGCCGUGCUCCACUUCGAGAAGGAAACGUAGGGCUCAGAGAAGGAGCCAUGCUUCAACUCCGAUUGCUCCAUUAAAUCUCGAUGAAGAAGAGCAACAGAUUUCAAAACAAGGUGAUGAAGAAGAAAUUGUUGUGGAGGAUGAGAAGAAAACGAAAGUGAAUGAACCAGCUCCUCUUCAUUGUAUGGAUAAACUCAGAGAGGAGCUUUCAUGUGCAAUUUGUUUGGAUAUCUGCUUUGAACCAAGCACAACUCCGUGUGGACAUAGUUUCUGUAAGAAAUGUUUGAGAUCGGCUGCGGAUAAGUGCGGGAAACGAUGCCCGAAAUGCCGGCAGCUGAUAAGCAAUGGAAGAUCUUGCACUGUGAACACAGUUCUUUGGAAUACAAUUCAGCUCCUGUUUCCCAAAGAGGUUGAAGCAAGGAAGGCGGCAGCUGGUGCCGAGUGUCAAAGUCCAGAGAGCGGGACUCGUAGCGGUACCCGAAGGACACGAACUCGAACUCGAAUUCAAGAUCCUGCAUUGGCUGCAAGGCUACAGAGAGAGGAUCUUGCGCGGCUAGUAAACACUAGAAGGGGGGGCCCUGCAAGGCAGCAACGAGAUAAUGAUCUUUCGCGGCUAGUAAGCACCACCAGGAGAAGAAGAGAGACACCGGGACAAGACGGAGACGCGGCAUUAGCUUUAAGGAUGCAAAGAGAAGAGUUCAUGGAAGCUUUUAGGGGAAGCAGUGGCCAAAAUAUUUCGUUAGCUAGAGCAAAUUUGAGAGCUAUGGCAUCUAGAGCCAUUAAUAGAGGCCGGACUUAGUACUAAAUUGGUUAUGAAGGUGAUCCGUUACAUUUCUCUUUGAA